AUGACGCGAAGGCAAGCUGCGGCUGCCGCCGGUACUGUUGACGACCGGAAGGGUUUCGCCGGCAGCAGCGAGGGCAGCAGCAGCUGUGCGGCUGUCGCAAGCCUGGGAGCUUCUGACGGUUACGAUUUCGCUGCUGCUGACCCCGCGCGGCGAGAUGGUGGCGAGAGUAACCAGGAACCUCCCAGUUCGUGGCUGGACAGGAAGCUUUUAGAGAGAAACGACCGGGAUGAUUCCGAAGUGGACAGUCUACGCAUGUGUUGGAUCUGGGCAGUGAUCAGUCUCGACGGGCUAGCAGUCGUCUUCGCGCGCGUGCGGGCGCGCGCACGCGUGUGUUGGAUCUGGGCGGUGAUGAGCGUGGGCUUGCUGGCGAUGAUCUUCACGAUCGUGUGGACGCAAGCGUCGAAGGAGCAGCAGGCGGAGCGCGAGGGGCAGUGCGGCGAGUGGGCGGCGUUCAUCGAGUCGCACUUCAACUCCACGCAGGCCAACACGCGCGCGCUCGCCGAGUUCGUCCACGCCUACUACAUCGACGGGCGCGAGAGUUUCUUCCGCCCGUCCAAGUUCCUCAAGUUCAGCUCCUCCGCACUGCACGCCCGCCCCGUGGCAGCAUUUGUGGGUUAUGCUCUCCGAGUCAACAGCUCAGCCCUGCGCAGCCACGUGGAGCGGCAACUGCAGGGCUGCCUCAUUGCAGUGAGCGCGGAGUUCUCCUGCCGCCCGCCUGGCCUGCCGCUGUACGUGCCGCUGCUGCUGGGCACCAGCAGCAACGAGGGGAGCAGCGUGCGCCGCCUUCCCCGCAACCGCACUGCUGCCGGCGCUGACCUGCUCUCCGACCCCACCCUAGCAGCCAUGAUCCGCGUGGCAGACACGGGGCGCAGCAACGCCAUGUCACCUCGUCUCUCAUCACCACUUCCAAUCACUUCCCACCCCUCCCCACUUCCUUGUCCCCUGUCCCCAUCAGACCCCACGCUGGCAGCCACGAUCCGGGCAGCAGACAUAGGGCACAACCCCAUGCUAGCAGCCAUGAUCCGGGCGGCAGACACGGGGCGCAGCGGCGCCAUGUCCGCCCCCAUGGCAUCCCCAGCAUCGCCCUUCCACAUGGUGGCGCAGGCCUUCCCCGUGUACGACGCUCAUGACCACGGCCACGUGUUCGUUCACGUGCCUGGUGCUGCCUCCACCACUGCUAAUAGCACUGGUAGCAGCAGGAGCGGUGGCAGGAGCGGCAACAAUGGCAGCAGCGGCAGUGGCAGCAGCAGCGGCAGUGGCACAGAGGGUAGUGGUAGCACCAGCAAUGGCAGCAGCGGUUCCAUCCCAACCAACUCCCCAGACGCACAUGCACCCACUGGACCCCCCCCUCACCCCCACACCGGAAUCGACCCAUCUGCACCGCAGAGCUUUGAGCCCGACUCGCUCGACGCACUCACCAAACCGCACGGCUUUUUCAUCGCAGCUUACUCCUUCCACACGCUCCGCCUCGCCCCCAACUUCGAGCAGCUUAAAUCCCUCCCUCUUCGCACAUACCUUGUAGACGUGACCAAUGAGAGCAGCCCAGCUGUGCUGUUUGGGCCGGAAGGGACGGAGGGGAUGACGGGGAAGCAGGCAGGAGUGUGGGCGGCGGUGGCGCAUAAGAGACGAGUGGUGCAGUACCAAGGGCGCGUUCAGUACCCCAUGUGGUUCGGCGACCCGUCACGGAACUUUGUGCUUGUUUGCGAGCCGGAAGCCAACGCGAAGCCGAGCCCGCCGUUCGUGUGGAUGGUGGUAUCAUUCAUCAUCCUGGCGAUCUCAGUGCUCGUGCUCUGGAUGUCCGUGCACCUCAUGGCCAAGCUUGAAACCGACACGCUGCGAGUGGAAUCAGCACAAGCGCAGCUCGCGACGGCCAAGGUGGCGGCAGAGGCGGCGAGUCGAGCUAAGAGCGACUUCCUCACCACCAUGAGCCAUGAGAUUCGUACUCCCAUGAAUGGCGUGAUUGGCAUGCUGAACCUGCUGAUGGAGACCCCUCUGGACGGCACGCAGCAGGACUACGCGGAGACGGCGUGCAGCAGCGGGCGGGCGCUGUGUGCGUUGAUCAACGACAUUCUCGACCUCUCCAAGAUCGAGGCCGAGAAGCUCCGCCUCGAGCGCAUCCCCUUGAAUCUGAGAGCCGAGCUGGACGACGUGCUUGCACUGUUUGUGGAGAGCGCGGAGGAGAAGCGAUCGGUGGAGCUGGCAGCCUUCGUGGCUGAUGAUGUGCCGGAGACUCUCGUCGGGGAUCCGCUGCGCAUACGGCAGAUCCUGAUGAACCUGAUCGGCAACGCGUUCAAGUUCACGAGCACGGGGCACAUCUUCCUCGUCAUCCGCCUCGCUCUGCCCGACGAUACCGUCCACUCCCUCGCCUCCUCUGCCUCUACCUCCCUCCACCAUCACCGCCAGCACCUGCACCACUCGCAGCACCACCAGCAACACCACUCGCAUCACCAGCACCACCACCACCACUCGCACUCGCACCACCAGCAGCACCACCACUCGCACUCACACCAUGGUUACCAUCGCCGCCGCAACAGCGAUCCCGACCGCCACUGGAGGAGCAUGCUCGAAGAGCUGUCUGUGUCCUUCCAUCACCACUCCCACCACCACCACUCCCAUCACCAUUGCCGGCACGCUUCAAGAGAGGAAGGCAGAAGCGGAAAGGCAGCACCAGGAGCACCCGAAGAAGCAGUACCACCAGCAGCAGCAGCAGCAGCAGCAGCACUGACGCUGAGCGGGCGGCCGGCAGUGCACACGUGGUGCUCAUGGGAGGCUAUGGGCGGCACUGUAGACCUCAGCACCGUUGGCACCGGCACGAUCAGCACCAGCAUUGGCACCUGGACCGGCACCGGCACCGGCACGGCCAAUCACAGCUGUCAGCAGCAUGGCAUGGCGAAUCACACCUGCUCCAGCGACGCUCAAUCGCACCCAGUGUGUGCAGGGCAGGCGGUGCAGGGUGUUGCAGAGAGUUCUCACGUGCACCCAGCGUGCGGAGGGCAGGCGGUGCGGCUGCUGGUGGCGGUGGAGGAUACAGGAGAGGGCAUCCCCAUGGCGGCUCAGAGGGGCAUGUUCCGCCCGUACUCCCAGGCGCACGCCAGCACCACCCGCCUGCAUGGGGGGACGGGCAUCGGCCUCUCCAUCUGUAAGCGUCUCGUGUCGCUCAUGGGAGGCAGCAUUGCCUUCACCAGCGAGCCAGGCGUCGGCACUACAUUCUACUUCGAUAUCACGCUCCACACCCCUCCUACCGACACUCCCUCCACCCCUCCGCCCUGCUGCCCUCCUCCUUUCCCUCCUUCCUCCGCCCAUUCCUGCCCAGCGCCCUGCCCUCCUCCUCCUCCUCCUCCUCCUCUCGCUCCCUCUAUGCCUCUGCUGCCUCGCACCAUCUCGCCUGCUGCUUCUGGGCCUUCCUUCACACCAGCUGCAGCCGCUGCUGCUUGCUCUGCUGCUGCUGCUGGUGCUGGUGAAACAGUGGCUGGGAGUGAGAUGGGCGUGUGCGUGGUGAGUGGUGGGGGUGGUGGGAGGGCAGCAGAGGGAUGGGAAGGCGUUCUUGUGGUGAGUGUGGACGACCGGCCGGUGCGGCAUGCCGUCACUCUCUCUCUGCUGCGCCGCCUUGGCAUCUGCACCCUCCCCUGCCCCUCCUUCCACCUCCUCCCCCUCCUCCUCGCCCAACACCACUACGGCCUCCCACCAGCUGCUGCAGCUGCACGUGAAUCUUAUGUGGCAUCGACUGCAGCACCAACAGGAGCACCAGCAGCCACGAAGACCAGGAGCCAGCCUCUUGAGGCGCCUCAAAAGAAGACCAGGAGUCAGUCGCUCAUCCCCCUCCUCCCUGACUCCAAGAAGACCAGGAGUCAGCCUCUCCUCCGCUUUGCACCUCACCACUGGCGCCAUCGCUCCUCCACCGCUGCUCUUGAUCCCCCAACUGCUCACCACUGCACAGCCACUCACCCUCCCAGUCUGAUUCCUUCUCUUUUAGCCCUACAACCUCCUGAUUCCUCCUCUCUACCCCCUGCUCCCACUGCCACAUCUGCUCUGGCCCCUUCUCCUUCUGUCCCUCCUGCCCCAACUGUCCCUACUGCUUCUGCUGCUGCGAUGCCUUCUGCUGCUGGCCCUUCACCUACUGCAGCCAGCAGCAGCAGCAGCAGCAUGCCGCCCAGGCUGGCGUCUCUCCCGUGCUCCAUCUCUGCUUCUGCCACCUCUGCACCGCCCAGCGCUUCCACCACAGCCCUGCGUGCUGCUGCGCGUGCAAGCGGGGCCUGUCCAUCCUCCUCUCCCGACCUUUCUUCCAACCCCUCGCGCCGUUCCAAGCACCUACCACCUACCUCCUCCUCCUUAGCACGCACCUCCUCACUCUCAACAAAGAAAGAGCGUCUACACGCAUCCACCUCCUCCUUCCCCCCCUCCUUGUCCCGCACGCCGUCCCUCUCCCACAACGACCUCCCAAGCCUCAGAAAGGCGUUUCAGAAGCAAGCAGAGAGGGCCUAUGCAGAGGGUGCAUGCAGCCCCUCUCUCUCCCUCCACCCUCCCUCCAGCCCGGCACUGUCCCUCGACCCCCCCUCCGGCCCUUUGCUCUGUACCUUUGAUCGACUUCCAGAACCUCCUCUGGGCACCCAGUCCCUUCCGUCCUACCCUCCUAGGGUCCCGUCCCUCUCAUCGCCCCACGCCCCGUCUCUCUCCCUCACUCCUGCUUCCAGCUCGCACAUUUCUAACCCCACUGGCACAGGGUCAGCGGCUUCGAAGCAUGCGAGAGCAUCGUCAGUUAGCGCGGUGGGGCCACCGCGCCUCUCAGCGCUUGGUGAAUGUGCCCCUGGCAGGAUGGGAUGCAGCCUGCAUGGGGCCAGCAACUUUGGAUGUGCGGCAAGGGAUGGGGUGGUGGUGGAGGGGUGGCAGUCAACUCAGUCAACGCAGUCAAUGCGUCGAACCGCCAGCAGCAGCAGCGAGACGCAGGUGGUGUCCAGAUUCGGUGCACCUGCCACCCCAGCAGCGUCGCCCUCACCGGUUACCACCGUGCCGUACCUCCUCUCUCUUGGGUUCGAUGCCGUGGUUCGGAAGCCGCUUCGGAGGAACACCGUUGCUGCUGCCCUGCUGCCCCUCUUCUUGCCGCGCCCUCCCGAGUCUGGACAGUUGCACUCGCCCCAUGUGAGCAGCCAUGGUUUUGAUGCUGACCCGGGUAGAGGUCUCGAGAUGGACUCAGCUUACAUCAGUGAGCCUCUGAAGCUGCGGGGCUUGCAGAUUGACUAUGGUGUCUGUGACUACAUGGAAGGUGAUUGCAGUGAAGGUGGGAGCAGGGAGGAUGGCAGCAGAGGGGGAGAGAGAAGGGAGGGAGAGAGCAAGGUUGGGGGAAAUAGGGAGGGAGAGGGAAAUGAGGGGGAGAGCAGGGAGGGAGCUAUCGGUGAGGGAGCGAGCAGGGAGGGAGCUAACGGUGAGGGAGCGAGCAGGGAGGGAGCUAACGGUGAGGGAGAGAGCAGGGAGGGAGCUAACGGUGAGGGAGCGAGCAGGGAGGGAGCUAACGGUGAGGGAGCGAGCAGGGAGGGAGCUAACGGUGAGGGAGCGAGCAGGGAGGGAGCUAACGUGGUGGCCGCACAACCACCACCAACACCAACAGCAGCACCAGCAGCAGCGGUAGCAGCGGCACGAGAGCAGGCAGCAGUGGGGGAGGGACUGGGGGUGCUUGAGCCGACUCAAGAGCCAGCGACUGUUGGGGAGAGGCUGAGUGUGCUGUUGGGUCAGCGGGUGAUGGUGGUGGAUGACAACCUCAUCAACCGCAAGGUGGCCAGCAAGCUGCUGGAGAGGCACGGCGCGCGAGUCACCGCCGUGGAUGGCGGCGCCAAGGCGCUCGUUGCCCUUGAGCCACCGCACCACUACGACCUCGUCUUCAUGGACCUCCAGAUGCCGGGCAUGGAUGGGCUGGAGGCGACUCGCAGGAUCCGAGCGCGGGAGAGGGCUCAGGGCGGGGGGCAUGUGGCCAUCAUUGCGCUCACAGCGGAUGUGAUUGCCGGCACGCGCCACCACUGCUUUGCCGUCGGCAUGGAUGACUACCUCUCCAAACCCCUCCACGACGCCCCCCUCUCCCAUGCAGUCUGGCGCUGCCUCGCCAACAGAUGA